GUUAAAGUCAGGGGAACACGUGACUGACGCAAAACACGGAAAGAAGAAGAAAACAGAGGCAGCACGGAACUAUCACGGGAGAAAGACACAAACACACCGUCAAGGAGAAAUACACAAAUAACCGCGACAGCGCCCGCGAGAGGCCCUUUAGACCGGCACAAAGACGUCUAGCUAACGCCAUGCCCAAAAAGAGGGACCCCGUUAAAGGUGGCGCUCCUAUGGCGAGGAUCCGAGAGGACUCGAGGCUUAUGCGCACGCACGAAUCUAUGGUAGAUUUCAUACAUGGACGUCCAGCCACAGGCAACAUCCUGGACCUGUUUACCUCUGGAUUAUUAGGUUUAGAUUUUUUAAGGACUUUGGAAGGAGAGCUGGAGGACGACAUUGUGUAUUCUGACGACGAUGAUGGAGACGAUGAUGAUGAUCAUCACUUCAAAGCACACGAUGCUGCUUACAAGAAUUUAAAACCACAUCCGCGAAUAAAACAACUGACCAACGAGGAGGCUGAUAAACAUGCAAAGGACCUGAUGGAAGAAGAGGAACGACGAAAGGACAAAACUGUGAAGAACAAGCGUAAGAAAUUGCGCAAAAAAGAAAAGAAGCGGUUAGAAAAGGAGAAUACGGUUAAAGACGUUUUACCUGAGGAAGAAAAAGAGAAGUCUCACUCGGAUAAUCUAAUGGAAAAUCCUGUUAUUGAGAGUAAAACAGAAGCAAAAGAUUCUCCUGAAUCUGGGACGCAGGCUGCUAGUUGUGAUGAGAAAAGUUCGAAUAAUAAAGAAGAAAAUCUUAAGGAGAUUAAUAAAACGGAAGAUCAACAGCAAAAGCAGAAUUUUGAUUUAAAUAAUUCAAGCGCCUCUACAACAAAAUCCGCGGGCGAGGAGACUCGCAGCGAGAGACCUGCAGCCGACAGGAAAAAGAAGAAAACCAAAUUACUCGACGUGUCGCCGUCCGAGGAGGAAAAGCCAAAAGUUGUGAAGAAACCUAAAGAGAAGAAGAAGACUAUGAAGAUGAAGAAGGAGGAGGAGGAAGAGAAACAUGACCCCAAUGAAGAGAGCUCCAUCGACCCGGCCGCAGAGGAGUCGGCCCAAAGGAGCCGGGAGCUCGCUGCCUUCGGAAACCGCUUGGCCUCGCUGGGACAGUACGAGACGGCCGUGCAGUGCUUCACCGACGCCAUCAAAUACAACCCGCAGGAAUCCAAGUUGUUUGGAAAUCGCUCGCUGUGCUACGAGAGACUGCAGCGGUACGACGAGGCGCUGAGGGACGCGGACCAGGCGCUCUCCAUGGAGCCCAACUGGAUAAAAGGCCUAUUCAGGAAAGGCAAAGCGCUCUGUGGGCUCAAGAGAUACUACGAGGCCUCGCUGAUCUACAGGGAGGUGUUGAAGCUGGAGGCUUCCAGCGGCGAAGCCUCGCAGGAGCUGAAGCGAGCGCAGACGUUGCACCUGAUGGAGAUGGGAUUCAGCUGGGCGCAGAGCUCGGAGGCCUUGAAAAGGCACGCCACGCUGGAGCAAGCGGUGGAAGCUCUGUUCGGGGAGGAAAGCAAUCCGGGUCGCGGAGAGGUCGGCGCCUGUCGGGCGAAGGCGGACGCAGCGGCAGCAGCGGCGGCGGCGGCGGCUGCGGCGGCGGAAGACGACAGCGACAGGGGCGAGUGGAUUCACCUACGGACAAGUCGUCCCAGAAUGCAGCAGGUCAAAGUGUCUGACGCCCAAAGCAGAUCGAACUCGCGGUCCCCGACGCCGCGUUCAGGGAACCCUGUGAAACUGGAGAUCUUCUCCGUUUGGGUCGGCUCCUUGAGUCCCGCCAUCACCUACUCGACGCUACACGAGCUCUUCAGCAGGGCCGGGACGGUGCACAGCAUCAAGAUGCUGCUGGAGCAGCAGUGCGUCUUUGUGAACUACACCAGCGUGGAGGACUGCGACCGGGCCAUCCAGUGUUUUAAUGGGAUGGUGGUCGAGGGCUCGCCGCUCUCGGUGCGAUACCCCAAUAAGUUCAGGUUGGGGAUGUCCAGCGCCGCGACCUCUGACCCCUUCCCGCGCCUCAACCUGUACAAGAAGGAGUGCUUCUUCUGGAGGACCGUGGGCUGCACGAGGCUGGACUGCACCUUCCGACACGUCCCGGAGCACAAGCACGUUGACCAGGACAAGUUCACCGGUAGAAGUGUCAACAUGUAGGACGAGGGACAUGAGAAGCAGGCGGAGGGGGGCGGGGGGGGUCGGUUGGACUGUGAGUUUCGGUUCAGUCUGUUUUGACUGAAGAAGACGACUAGUUUUUGAAUUCUGUUGCACUUUUGUAAAGCGCACUGCUGUACUAAUUUAUAGAACGCAUCAAACCACAUUUACAUUCUACUGUAUUUGAAUGAUUUGUGUGCUCUGAGCAUUCUUUAGCUGAAGGAUUUGAAUUUUACUUGCUUUGCCUCUUUUAAAAAUUAACAGAUGUUUCUGUUUCGUGAGUCGCCACUAGAUGGCGCCGAUUCCCUUACCCCUAAACUUGGGGGGGCUACAAAUGUAUUUUUCUUUCAUUUAAAAGGUUGGGAUUGACUUAGUUGUGCUAUAUUUAAUUUUGGGUCGUUGGAGUUCAGUAUUUAUGUAAAUCCUGGUUAACGCUAUGUGUGUUUGAAAUGGAGUGCUGUUCAGACAUAAGCUUGUAUAAAUAAGUGCCUUUUUAGUUGCACUGUGGCUGCAGUUAGUGGCUUAGUUCGGCCCGGAGAAAAUAAAAGCCUCAACUUUAAGAGUGUUAAUGCCUCGCCGUAAGUUGAUGCACCAAAAGCUUUGUGCAGCUGGUCCGAUCCGUCCGGAUGGAAGGCUCCGGCGGGUCAUUUGGGUCGUGAGGUCGGAGGAAGCAGCGGCGCUCCCUCUGGUCUCAGGUCAGCCGGAGUUAAAACGACUGCAAAGUAGCUUCUCCUGAUGGACGUGGGGGAGCUUUAGAGCUUUAGAGCAGGGUUGUUCUUCCACUCGGCCGGUUCAAGGUCGCCUUUGUGACCCCUGGUAUGUAAAGUUUCAGGUGUGAGUUACAAAAUGUUCACAAAGAGCCGAAUAACGAGCCCCCCACCCCCCCUCCAAAAGAAAGGUCUACGCAGUGAAAAAGAGGCAUUGAUCUGUGAAAAAUGCUUAGUCCUCAGCGGCAGAGCAGCUGUACUGGUGGGCAUUAAUUGGCUGGCGGUGGCGAAGCUCUCAAAGCCCCUCUGAGCCGUGUGAGAGCAUGAAAGGCCUGAAAUACUAAUAACAUGAACUCUGCCUGAACCCAGAGAAAGCACCGGGACAUUACCGACCUGCAAAAUGGGUCUAUAUUUAAUCUUAUUGGCCCGCUUGGAGCCUUUUUCCAAUGCAGAUAAAGACCCCCGAUAAGAGGACGGCGCCGAUCCCUGGCUUCACCAAAGCAAACAGCGGGAGAUUAAGCGCGCGUCUUGUUGAAAGGCUGCAUGGGUUUGUAGAGCUUCCAGCAGAUUUAUCUUCAACAGGAGCAAAGGGACAACAAGAGAAAACACGGCAACAGACGAGUUGCUCUCCCACUGCUUCUGCUCUUUGACAUGUGGCUACGCAGCUAAAGUCACACAAAAAAAAACACUUUCACCAAAUGCGCUGCUGACGGUUGUGUUUCUGCAGUUUGUCUCUGAAUCCUACAUUUCUAGGGUUGUUAUUUAAUGUGAUUGAUCAAAUAUGACAGAUUAGCUUUGUUUUGUGUUUAAAUCUUGAAUAUUACUCUUGUAACUGUUCUUUGUCAACACCGAACUUAUCAUUUUGAGUCUCAGCUAAAGCAAAGUUAUGAUAAAGUAUUAAGAUAUACUUUGUUUUAUGGUGUAAAAUGCCAAUACGACCAGUGCUUUGGUCUCUCAUCCCAACCUUCCCAGUGAAACGUUAAUGUGUUGUGAUGGUGGACACAAUGGGAGGCAUCUGCUCCGCCUCCUUGUGUUUCUCUGUGAAAUGAAUACAGUAAUUGUCACAAUGAGAGAUUGACCUUCCCUUUUUAAUCUAGACAGCUGCCCCCCCCCCC